GGUACUAUUUAGGAACGGAGAGAGUAAGUCCACAAAUACUUCUUCAGAGCUGCUGCAAAUCUAAGAAAAGUUGUAUGUUUAUUAGUUACAAGGAAACUGUGUGAACAAGACAAGUGCUAAAACAGAGCACGUAAUCAUACAUGUAUGCAUGGUGUAUAAUACACUCUACUCAGUCGGUCUCAAGCACCAAAGACAAAGGCUAGAGCUAGCUGAGCCGAUCACAAUGGAACUCGAGUGAACCCCUGGCAUGCCACCAAAUGGCUCUCUCUCGGGCGUAACGGCGACGAGGCAUCAGAGGACAAGAGACAAGGAUAUAUAAGGCCAAGAAUGGCGAUGGUGAUACGUACAGCUCUGUCUCCGACCCCAUCAAUGGCGGCCAUCUUGGGAAUGGGAGCUCCCGCGGCGCUCGCCGCUGCCUUGGGGGCGGCCUGCGGGCUCCUCCUCUGGCUCCGGGGGGCGUGGAGGCGGCCGUCCGACGAUCCGAUGCGUGGCAUCCCGGGGAACAUGGGGUGGCCGGUGGUUGGCGAGACCUUCGCCUUCAUCGCCGCCUUCUCCAAGCCGGCCGGCAUCCUGAGCUUCAUGCGGGAGCGGCAGGCGAGGUACGGCAAGGUGUUCAAGACGUACGUGCUGGGGCGGACGACGGUGUUCAUGACGGGGCGGGAGGCGGCCAAGAUCCUCCUGUCCGGCAAGGACGGCGUGGUGAGCCUCAACCUCUUCUACACCGGCAAGCAGGUGCUUGGCCCCACCAGCCUGCUCACCACCAACGGCGACGAGCACCGGCGGCUGCGCCGGCUCAUCGCGCAGCCCCUCUCCGUGGACGCCCUCCGCAAGCACUUCGCCUUCAUCGACGGCCUCGCCGUGCAGACCCUCAGCUCCUGGGCCGGCCGCGGCCGCGUGCUCGUCCUCGACGAGGCAUCGCAGUUCACGCUCAAGGUCAUCGCCAACAUGCUCGUCAGCCUGGAGCCGGAGGGGCCGGAGCAGGAGGAGUUCCGGGCAAACUUCAAGGCCAUCUCCUCCUCCUUCGCGUCGCUGCCGCUCAAGCUCCCCGGCACGGCCUUCCACCGCGGCCUCGGCGGCCGGAACCGGAUGUACGCCAUGCUGGACGCGGUGAUCGCGCGCCGCAGGGCCGGCGAGGCCCGCGACGACUUCCUCCAGACGCUCCUCAUGAAGCACGCCCGCGGGCAGCAGCAAGGAUCGUCGGACCCGGCGGAGGAGGAGAAGCUGACGGACGCGCAGCUCAAGGACAACAUCCUGACGCUGCUCGUCGCCGGCCACGACACCACCACGGCGGGCCUGACGUGGCUCGUCAAGUUCCUCGGCGAGAACCCCGACGUGCUCGCAAGGCUGAGGGAGGAGCACAUGGGGAUCCGGGCGGGGCGGGAGGACGGCGGGCUGAGGUGGUCGGACCUGGGCAGCAUGCCGUACACGACCAAGGUGAUGAACGAGACGCUGCGGCGGGCCACCAUCCUGCCGUGGUACUCGCGCAAGGCGGCGCAGGACUUCAGCAUCGACGGGUUCGAGGUGGCUAAGGGCGCGUCGGUGAACCUGGACGUGGUGUCCAUCCACCACGACGCCGCCGUCUUCGCCGACCCCGAGCGCUUCGACCCCGACAGAUUCGACGGGGCGCUGAAGCCGUACAGCUUCCUGGGGUUCGGCAGCGGGCCGCGGAUGUGCCCCGGGAUGAGCCUUGCCAAGCUCGAGAUCUGCGUCUUCGCCCACCACCUCGUCUGCACAUACGACUGGAAGGCGCUGGAGGAUGACGCCUCAGUGCAGCCGACGCUGGUGCGCAUGCCCAAGAACAAGUACCCCAUCAUCGCCACCGCGCUCCCCUGACUCCGGCGAUGGCACGGUGGCGACAUCUGCUUUCAGUACCUCCAUACAUGAUGAAACAGACCGACAUGCACCCUACCGAUGCUGUCAUCGGCAUAUGGAGUAUGGACCAACUAUAUGCAAACUUUGCUUGUAUUAGCAGCAGCAGCAGCAUCAUCAAACCAGCAAAGCACCCUUUUUCUUAGUACGACGAAUCCACACACGUAUCGCAUAUGUAUGAACAGCUCAUGAAGCUAAUUAAACAAGGAAAACAACUGAACAAAAAAAUCUAGAACAAACAUGCAAUACACUAUUACUAACGGAAUGUGCUACUCCGGUGGUGCAUUGCCAGAGAAGAACAGCCAUGUAGCUCAGCAUUAUUCUGAUGCACAUCUCUCGCGACGAACACAGCCCAAUGAUGCAUCUCUAGCGACGAACAAACAGCAAAACUCAA